AUGGAGCAUAAGCAAACGUUUCAGCACAUCUUCGAGCAGCUGGCACAGCAGAGCGGCGGCCAUCACAAAAUGGCGCCCAAACAAUUGGAGCAUCUGCGCCACCUAUUGGCCAAUGUGCGAGAUGCAAAGAAUUUGCAGUUGAUUGUGGAGAAGUUCAAGAAUCUGGAACAAUUCCAAGAGCACUAUGCACAGCUGGGCAACGGCAAUGGCAGCAGCAACAACAACAACAAUAAUAACAACAACAACAACAACACUGUGAUCACAGAGGACAGCGAAAUGUCGCUCAAGGACAACGCACGCAAAUUCGGAGCUGGCGGUCAGACUUUGACGCCCCGCCACACAAUCGACGCAAUUCUCGGACUCAAAAAUCGCAGCGGCCAAGCGCAAAGUCAGCUGCAGGCAGCAGUCGAGGGCAGCAGCGAUGGUGAUGGCGAUGCCUCGAUGGCCGAGGACGAUGCCACCGAUCUGCGCUGCAGCAGCAUGUCGCUGACUCAGCUGCGUCACAUGGACAAUCACAUGGCCAACAUGCUGAAGCAGCACUCGAAGAACGGGCUGAGCUAUGGGCCGCCAACACCGCCGGCGCCACCGCCGCAGCAGCAGCAGCACCCAUCACAGUCGCAGUCGCAGUCGCAGUCGCAGCAGCCGCCGUCGCAGCAGGCGCCCAUGGCCACGCAUCAUCACGGCGCUCCCUUUGGCUACCACAAUGCCUUCGGCUACAAUCACGGCGCAGCGGCACACUUUGGCCAUCAGGAGGAGGCAGCGGCCGGCAAUUACCUCAAUUCGAUGCAUCAAAUGGUGGAGGCCAAUCAAUUGCAGCCACAGGCGCAGGUGGGGCAAAUGGGGCAGCUGCCCCCGCCGCCACCCUCGCCCGCCGUCUACGGCAGUCAUCAGCAGCACUUGGCAGCGCUCGCUGCGCAUGCGCAGGAGCAGCAUAAUAAAUAUGCCAAAUCAUCGUCGCCAGCUGCUGCUGCUGCCGCUGCUGCAGCUGCUGGCAGCUACUUUCAGCCGGACGGCCAAAGCUCGGCAAUUGCUGCGAGUGCAGCACGCGACUACGACGAACGUUCAAUGUCCUCCACCAGCGAGCUAGAGGAGGACGAAGACCAUGAGGCCGCAAAGCUGCAGCAUGAAGCGAACAUUAACAUCGAUGUCACCUCCCCACCCACACCUCGGCCCAUCAGCAGCAGCAACAACAAGCGCAAGUCCACCUUCAUCGACGAUAAUGAAGCCAAAUUAGCCAACGGUCAGUCGCUGGGCAAUUAUGGCAUCAGGGCGCGCAGCCUCGACGAGGUGCAGCAGCAGCAGCAGCAGCAGCAACAGCAGCAGCAACAGCAGCAGCAGCAACACUUUCAGCACGAAUAUCGCAGCAGCAACAACAGCAACAACAAUCAGGUGGAGCAUGUGGAGCGUCUGAAUGGGGACAAUGACAGUUUGGUCAACGGCAGCUGCGCCUCCAGCGAGGAUCUCAAUCAGACCAACAGCAGUGAGCAGGGCGAGAAAAUUACAUCCGGCAGCGACGAUGAGGGCCAGGAUGACAACUGCGCCAAGAAGAAGCAUCGACGCAAUCGCACCACGUUCACCACCUACCAGCUGCAUGAGCUGGAGCGCGCCUUUGAGAAAUCGCACUAUCCGGAUGUCUACUCGCGCGAGGAGCUGGCCAUGAAGGUGAAUCUGCCCGAAGUGCGCGUCCAGGUCUGGUUUCAGAACCGACGCGCCAAGUGGCGUCGCCAGGAAAAGUCGGAGAGCCUGCGUCUGGGUCUGACGCACUUUACGCAGCUUCCGCAUCGCUUGGGCUGUGGUGCAUCCGGCUUGCCCGUUGAUCCAUGGCUCUCCCCACCGCUGCUGAGCGCGCUACCAGGUUUUUUGUCGCAUCCGCAAACCGUUUACCCCAGCUAUCUGACCCCGCCGCUUAGCCUAGCCCCGGGCAAUCUGACCAUGAGCAGCUUGGCUGCCAUGGGUCAUCAUCAUGGACCGCCACCACCGCCGCCACCGCAUGGACCGCACAGCGCACAGCUGCCUCCGCCACCGCCGAACGGGCCACAGCCGCCGCCCCCACCCCAACAUCCGCAUGCACACGCCCUCGCCGGCCAUCAUGCGGUGCCGCUGUCUCAUCUGUCGCCGCACCUGUCACGCAUGUCACCGCAUGCCACAUCGCUGACGCCUCUGCCACCAGCGGCGACGACAACGACUGCAUGCUCGACCACCUCGUCCUCCUCCUCGUCGCUGGAGUGCAGCGGUCCGGACGUCUGCAUGUCACCACAAAACCUCAGCAUCUCGAAUGCCGACUCGAAUGGAGAUCUGCGCGACUGCAGCGAUGCGGAUGCUGGCAGCAGCAACGGCGCUGGCGGCAACGGCCUCGAGAAAUGCAACAACGAGCUGCUCGACGUGGGCAGAGAGAGCCCACCGCCCACAUCCUCCACGCUGGCCAUCAAGCGCUCAGCAGCUGGAACGCCGCCUUCGGUCGACAUGCGCAGCAAUUCUAUUGCCACGCUGCGCAUCAAGGCCAAGGAGCAUCUCGAUAAUCUUAACAAGGGCCUCGUCUCCAUGGUCUAAAUGGUGCAGCAAUGAACUCGCAGUGUUUCGGCCUUAGUUCUUCUACACAGAGUCCAAUCACAGAGAUUUAUAUAUAAUCAUAUAUGUUUAGUUGCUUCAGAGUUUUAGUUUAGAGAAUUUCAUCGUUGUAUACCUAAUUUCCAUUAGCGCAGAACGAUUCAAAGCAGAGCGGAAGUCCCAGUGAGUAAAAGUUCUUUCAAAUCAUCAACAAGAAAAGCAAAAACGAAAACAAAAACAAAAACAAAUCAAAUAAAUAGGAUUUUAAUGUGCAUAUAGAUCUAUUUGUAACAUCUCUCUAAUUC